GUUGUCUCUGUCCAAAGAUUUAUGGACCUAACUGUAUAUCCCUGCCUAGUGUACCAAUAACAGAAGUGCAAUAGUGGACAAGCCAAUACAUGUUUCUAAUCUUCCAACAUAUAAAUAAUAACAACACAUGGUUUGGAAAACAAAACAAAAAAAUCCCAGCAUUUGUGUCCCUUUAAAUAUUUAUCAGCUGUGCACCUAAGUUUAUGGCCUGGCAGAGAACUGUGCCAGAAAACAGUCAGGCAUCUAUUUCAACUGUCUGGGUAUCCUCAGUGUGAUAAAGAUUUCCAGCUGAAGUGGAAACUAAACUGAAUACAGACUAAUGGGAGCAUUUUACUGUGCAGCAGCAGAAAGGCAUUUUGUUUUUGUUUAUGUCCUGUAUGCAUAUAUUUAACUGGUGCUAAAUCUCAAGAACUGUGCUCAAAAGCAAUACAUAUGGAACAUCAUGUCCAAUUAAUGAGAGGAAUCAAGUUUAAUGCAUGAAACUGAUAGAUCCGGCUAGGAUAGGCAAGAGAGAUAAUACCCACAUCUGUUAAUGUAGCUACAUAGCUUUUUGGCUGUGAUGUAGGAAUCAUUAUUUGUCGUGUUCCUGCCCUCUGUGUCCCUGGCUUAGCUCUGAUCUCAGGAAGCUAUGUAGUUCUGCCUCUGUUUGCAUUCUAUUCCUGUAGCUGUGAGCUAUGGUGAUAUCAUUCAGCCAUGGCUGGGAGACACAUGUCAAGCUAAAGCAAUGACUAAUCAGGAUAUUUACUAUAGUCUUCUAAAUUCGGUAAGUCCAGCUCUAAUCCACUGCUCUUCAUUUGAUGUUUAAACCAAGGCGUAGAAUUGGAAAGACAAAAGGGUCAUCCAAAAGAACGUUACGAGGCACAAGCUGAACUUGUUUAUAACCUGUCGGAGGGCUGGAUCCUAUCACUUCAGUGUAAUCAGCAGAGAUGAUGCCUGCAGGAAAGGAGAGACUGCUAAUACUUUCUGGACAGUACGUCUCAUCAUUAUAUUCAGCCUUCUGACAGCAAAGCCGAGCUAUUCAUUUUUCACAAGUAUUGCAGCUGGAGGUGAGAAAAGAAAAAUACUGAAAUGAUUCAUUAAGCACGUUAUUGACAGGGGCUGAAACUGCAGCAGGCUUUUACAUUACUAGGAAGAACUAUUGCUAAAGUUAACACAUUUUUCCUCUUGCUUACGCUCAUUAUGCAUCAUGAGUUCUUUUUUGGCUUAUUGCAAAUCUCAUCGUGGGAUGGUGUUUACUCAGUACCAGAUGCUCAGAGCCCAGAGACAGUUGUGCGAUGUUUCUCUCAUAGUGGAUGGAAAUGAAUUCCCCGCACACAAGUCCUUGUUAGCUUGUUCAAGUGAUUAUUUCCGAGCCAUGUUCAAGGACUAUACCAAAGAAUCGAAGGCUACGGUCAUCCACCUAAAAGUCAUCUCAUCCACGGGCCUGCAAACCAUUCUGGAUUUCAUCUACACUUCAUGGCUGUCUCUUUCAUUGAACACUUUGGAGGAUACUUUAGAAGCUGCAAGUUAUCUCCAGGUCCUGGACGCCAUACCCUUGUGUAGUCAGUUUCUGAUUAACACUUGCGACUUUGAAAGCUGCUGUUAUUCUGCCAAUAUUGCAUCCAAGUUUUAUCUUACAGAUGCAUUGACUGAGGCUGAAAAAUACAUCAUUAAUAAUCUCUGGAGGCUGUUGCAGGAAGACCUGUGUGACAUUGAGCUGCUUGAAUUAAAUGUAAAAUCAAUGAUAAACUUUAUUAAGUCAAAUGAUAUCCCUAGGGUUUCUGAGAAGUGCCUUUUGACUUUAGUGCUGAACUGGCUCCAGUAUGAUAAUACUAGACUUGCUUAUGCUAAAGUGCUCUUCGAUAAUAUUCGAUACGCACUGCUACCACUGGAUAUAUUACGCAAACUAUAUACUCAGACUGAUGUGCCUCUGACAGCAUCCAUUAAAUGUAUGAUUAUAAAAGCAAUAAAUUACCAUUCCGCUCCUUCAAGACAACCCCUUUUGCAAGAUAAAUACAGCACCCUGAGAAACCAAAAGGGAUGGAUAAUGCUGGUUGGAGGAACUGCUAAUGAGACCUUUGUUGAAAACAUGCUAGGAUUUGAUGUGUACAGCCAUAAAUGGCGUUCAGUAACCACCCUACCCCUCAAAGUUCAGCACCACUGCACCUGUGUAAUUGGUAACUUCCUUUAUGUACUCGGAGGAGAAACUCCAGAAAGGCCACAAAAUGGUACAAAGGAUGCAACCUUAGCUGUAACAAAUAUUGUAUAUCGGUAUGAUCCAAGGUUUGACCAAUGGCUACAAGUUUCUUGUAUGUUAGAGCACAGAGCCCAGUUCUCUUGUUGCGUCGUUGAUAAGUACAUAUUUGCAAUAGGUGGCAGAGGUGACCAGCAGACACUUUUAUCAUCUGUGGAACUCUAUGAUAUUAACAGAGAUACUUGGACAAAGUCUAAAGAUUUGCCAUUUAAGAUGCACGGCCAUGCUAGCACUGUGCACAACAAUAUCAUUUACAUCUCAGGCGGUAAGACCGAUACUCAAGUGAACAGUUGUAAGGAUGUGUAUUUACUUAACAGGUUAGAGGGCCAAUGGAAAAAGCAAGCUCCUAUGAGUAUUGCAAGGUUCGGGCAUCAAAUGGCUACCGUAAAAGAUUCGAUCUUUACAUUUCUUGGAAUAUAUGAACCAUUUUCUGACAUAGAAAAGUAUGAGCCCAAACACAAUCAAUGGACCCGCCUGAGGCCUUUGCCUUUUGAUCGAUUUUGCUAUGGUUUGGUUGUAGUGGAGCAAACUGUUCUUCUUCUUGGAGGUAAAAAAUGGCAAGAUGCUCAAGAGGUGCCCACUCAGAAUAUUGUAGGCUAUGACACAGAAAAUGACCGCUGGGAAGAAAUAUGUAGUCUGGCUUUUCCUUUUAGUGGUUUACAGUGUUCUGUUCUGAAAUUGUCAGAUAUAACAGAAAGCAAUGAGAAAUUCUCUAAAGCGUACACUCUAAAAAAAAGUACAAUAAGUUCAGGCAUUGAAGAAUAGAAAGCUUGCAAAUAUACAGUAGAAACAUUAAUGUAUGAUAACUCAUAAUAAAAUAAUCAGAAAGAGAUUGGGGGUUAUUGAUAA